AUUUUAAAAAAUGUAAAUAGUAAGUACUGUGUAAAUAAAAUACAAGCAAAUUAGAAUUUUAAUCUUUUUAAUAGAUCGCUUUUGGGACCAAGGGGUAGCACAGGCAAAGAUAAAUAGACGAGACUUUAGUUUCAUAUCUUUUAGAAACAAUUUCUGAGCUCAAACUCUGUAAUGGCACGUCCUUCUUCAUCAUUUACCUUAUUCUUCAUCAUUUUGCAGCUCUUAUGGACUUGUAGUUUGUAUGCAAAUGGAUGUUACACUUCAAUCAUCGGUUUUGGAGACUCUCUAUUCGACACUGGUAACCUAAAACAGCUGAAUCCACAAUUAGGUUUCUUUUAUCCUCCUUAUGGCGAAACCUUUUUUCAUAAGCCCACUGGUCGUGCUUCCAAUGGUCGCCUCAUAAUCGAUUUCAUUGCUGAGAGCCUCAAGCUGCCAUUUGUACCACCAUUUUUCGAUGACAACGGGAGCCAGAAGAUGGAAUUGGGACAAGGAGUAAAUUAUGCUGUAAUAGGUGCAACCGCAUUGGAUUCUUCUAUUCUUGAAGCCAUUGGGGUUCAUAACAAGCUUACAAAUGUAUCUUCACGAGUUCAACUUGAGUGGUUCAAACAAUCCAUAUGUGCCAAUGUUUCAGAUUGUAGUCACUUAAUUGGAGAUUCCUUGAUUCUCAUGGGUGAGACUGGAAUGAACGAGUACAUUAACGCAUUAGAGGACGGAAAAUCCAUAGAUGAGGUUGAAACAUAUGUUCCAUUUGUUGUUGAAGCCAUUAUCUCAGCAGUUAAUGAACUUAUUGAGCUUGGGGCCAAAACAAUACUUGUACCAGGAGGCCUACCAAUGGGAUGCUUCCCAAUGAUUUUAAAACUCGACUAUGGAUAUGAUAAGACCAAAUAUGAUAAUAUAACUGGAUGUUUAUUCCAGUUUAACAAGAUUGCCGAGUACCACAAUGAACUUCUCAUGAAAGAACUCAACAAAAUUCGAGAGUUGUAUCCUGAAGCAAAUCUCUUAUAUGCUGAUAUCUACAAUGCUGCCAUGCAGUUUUAUCGCUCUCCAAAAAAAUAUGGAUUCACAAAUGAAGUUUCAAAGGCAUGUUAUGAUUUUACAUGGGUGCUCCGUUACAACGAUUCAGUAUCAUGGUGGGACUUAUCACCAACUUUAUGUGAUAAUCCGGAUACAUAUAUUUCAUGGGAUGGGACACACUUAACGGAAGCAGCAUAUAAAAUUAUCUCAAAGAGUUUAUUGCAAGGGCCAUACACGGUGCCCCAAUUCUACUCCUCGUGCCUGUUAAAAGAGAUGGAUGUAUUAUCAAGUUUUAUGUAAAUCAGUGGCUGAAAAAUUAUUAAGCAUUAUUCAAGCCCCGAAUAAAUGAAAACAGAAAAUGUGUUUUCUAUAAUAAAUGAAAACACUAUAUGAUUCAUAUUA